AUGAUUGCACCACCAACACAAGUCACGGGCAAAACUAUGUCAGACUUGUUCAAAAGACUUGAUAAAGACUUACAGAAAGCAAAAGAAGGUCUUGCAUUCCACGACAAGAACUACGACAAGCUCAGGGAGCAACUUGACCUGUCACACAAAGCUGUCAACAGAUGGGGAGAUGACAUGGAGAAGUUGCAGAGAUAUGUGAGGAGUAUGGUUCUGAACCAGGAGCAGGCUGUCCAGCACAUCUCUGCCUUAGAAGGAGAGUGCGACGAGCUGCGAAAGGAACUAUAUGAGAUGAGGCAGUUUCUUGGGAGUAACAGAUUCAUUAAGGAGCUGAAUGAGAUGGAUGAACAUACGAGUGAUGUGGCACAGAAUGAACAAUCUGAAGUGCAUCCCAAAUCACGCAAGAAGAGGUGUGAUAAUCCUCUGCAUGCAGUGGUACGCAAUGUGUUGCAGCACCUAAUGGGGAUAGAUAGCAAGACAGCUCCACACGCACCACUUGGCCAAGGACAAUUCUGGACUGAUGACAAAAAUGAGGACGAGCGCCUGCUUAGACUGACCUGGGAAACCUGGCAGGAAAACGAUGUCGUGUGGGGGAGGAUGGUUGCGAAGAAGAUAUGGGCUGAUGGAAGUAGAUGGAGCAAUGCAUUAUCGGCAAAGGAGUUGCAGAAGCUUUCAUUAGCUGAGAUUGAGAAUGCAAUGCAGGAUCAAGAGUCGAAGAAGGUCACCCGACAACAGACUGGCCGCAAGCUGAUGAAAGCAAAGGAACAGAUGAACUAUCGCAAAAACAUACCUGAACUAUCAGGGAAAGAAUAUGACUUCAUCUUCAAUUGGAAGUAUCAGUCAACGGAUGAAUCAGAUGAUGACGAUGAAGAAACGGGACCUAUUGAUGCAGAUACAUCAGGAGACGACACAGCACAGGACAAGCCAAGCAGCAAGCAAUGUCCGUAG